AUGCCCGCGGCGGCAGGUACAAAGCGCGUAAAGGGCGCCCGCUUCACCCGCAACUUCAUCAUCGGCUCCGAAGCCUGGCCCCUGGACCCCACCAACCGGCCCGAAGGCAUCCCCGCCGACCACACAACCGGCUGGCGCGUCUACGUCAAGACCGUCGACAACGGGCCCGACAUAACUGGCUGGCUAAAGAAAGUCUCCUUCAAGCUGUUCCACACGUACGCCAACAGCCUGCGGACCGUCGAAGAGCCCGGCCCGUUCGAGGUGCGCGAGACGGGCUGGGGCGGCUUCCAGGUCGAGGUGCGGCUCCACUUCAACCCGGUUGCCAACGAGAAGCCGCAGUGGCGGAGCCACUACCUGCAGCUGGAGCCGUAUGGCACCGACGAGGAGAAGGCGGCGCAGAAGGCGGCGGGAAUCGUGAGGGCGGAGCAGUGUGACGUCGUUGAGUUCAAUGAGCCGACCGAGGCGCUGUUUGAGGUUUUGACGAGCGAGAGUCAGUUCGACUAUCUGCGGCAGGGGAGCGGGAGGGGUGGCGGGGGGAAGGGCAGGAAGAGUGUGGGAGGAGCGGUGGAGGAGGUUGGGUCCGCGGAACUGCCGGAGAGACCCACGCCGGGGAAUCCGUAUAGUCGCCAGAUGGAGGAUCAGGAGAUUGCCAUGUUGAGGCUUGCGGAGGAGGAGGUGGGGAGGUUGUUGGAGGCGGAGAAUAAGAGGAGGGUGGAGCUGGAGGCGAGGUUGGCGGACGUGAGGGGCACGGGGGAGGGGGUGAGGAAGAGGUAG